CAGCCGCAACAACAAUGACAGCACAUGGCGACAGCCGACAGCAAAAGGAUAGCAGCUGAUUCCAUACAUUAAUUUACCGUAGCGUAUUAGUAUCCCCUCACUCCUUCCCCCCCCCCCCUUCAUAACUCGAUCGGGUAUUUGAUCAGACCAACUUUUGGUAUGUCAUCCUGGGGAAGAUGCCGAUCUGAUCCUCCUGGCCAUGGGCAACCGCCAAGCCAGCCUACUUCCUACAGUCCUCCUGAUGUUGGACGUGCUCAGAUUCCACCUUGGCAAUUACUGCAGGUGCCCUUCUACCAGCAGCCUCAGCAGCCCAAAAGGGGUCAAGUUUUGAUGCCCAUGGCAUUGGCACAGAUUCCCACUUUGGAUCUGCCAUUUGGAAGAUUGCCCACUCAGGAGAGUCUACCUGUACUUAGGUCAAAUGGGGGAUCCUUAGAUCAGCUCGCUGAGGCUCCUACAAAAAUUGAGUCAGAAUCUCCCACCACCGUCAAUCUCGAGAUCAAUCAAGGUCCUCCAGAGGCCAAUCCACAGCCGAACCACGAAGAAAAGGAAAUCAAUGCAGACAAUACUGUCACCGAGUUUUCUGACGAAGAAGAAAAUGAAGGGGGCAUUUUUGGUUUUUUCCACAAACUCUAUAGUGGAGCUCGCUCUGUUCUGAAUACUAAUAUUUGUAAAGUUUCGGACACCAGUACGGCGGGAGACGAAAGGAGCAAUUCGGGAUCCCUUGGCAGUGAGGAAGAAGAGACGUCAGCCGUUGCACCUGAUGCACACUUCCUUGACGAAGGACAGAAAAAUGCUGCUUCGAAUCUCAAGACAGAAUCCACUGACAUGGUUCUACAGCAACGUGGGGGCAAAACCAAUCCCUGCAACCACAAGAAGAAGGAUCCUCCAGUCAAUGGUGGUGAGCAUUUUACGGCUGACAGUUACGGAGCCACUGCUGCUGUGGGAGCCACCGGGAUUUGCAGGGAUGCUCCGGCUCGAGUCAACACGGGGACCCAUGCUUCAGGGUUGGUUGCAACCACAACAACAGUUGCUGCUGUAGCAGGAAACGAGGUGGAAACUGCGCGCCCCACCAACCAGAAUGGGACAGAAGGAGUCGAGAAAUUGAACUCUGAAUGCGUGGAACCCACUGUGACUCCAGCUGUGACUGGGGCUCCUCAUACUCAUACUCUUGUCCAACCUCCUCCUCCUGCUGCUGCUGCACCUGCACCUAAUGGUGGAACCGUUGCCGUGGCUGUUCGUCCUGAAGCCGAGUCUCCAGUUGUGGCAGUUGUGGCUGUGCCUCCUCCAGCUCAAGUUGCUGUUUUGCCUCCAACUGUACAGCAACCACCUCCUCCAGUUCCUCCAGCUGGUGUUAGUGCUCUUGGGAAUAAUGAGCUAAUGAUGAUGCUUUUGAAGUCUCAGCAGUCUCAAUUGAAGUCUCAGCAGUCUCAUUUGUCAACACUUCAAUCACUUUUGGACAAGAAAGAUCAAAGUCCAGGCCCAGGUACUGGUACUGGUACCACCGUUCAGCCACAGCAGCACAAUGAUAAAAUUGUGUGGCCCAUGGAAAAAGCACAGGCAAAAUCCCUCCCCGUACCUACAUGGGGGGAACAAUUUGCGGCAUUGGCAUCAUUCCAUGCAAAGAAUGGGCAUUUCAAUGUUCCAUUUUCUGAUGACAGACGACUACACAAUUGGGUCAAGAAUCUACGCAAAUCAACCAGUUUGACUGAGGACAUGAAGGCCAAACUUCAUGCCAUUGGAUUCUUCCCCAAGGAACCCGUUGUGGAUCAUCUGGUUGCCAGUCUCCAGCAACGCAACAGUGACAACAACAACAACAAUAACAUAACAGCAAGAGAGCUGCAAGAUCCUCCAGAGGAACAAAAACGUCACUUCGUGUGCAUUGUUGGCAGCGAUUACUGUAUGAAGUGGAAGGAGGAAACCGCGAAGGAAGAAACCGCCAAGGUGGAGAGCCAAAAAACCACUCAACAUGGACCUCAGACGAGAUGGAGUCUGAUGAUGAUGAGGAGGAGGUACACGUACCAAUUCGUCCCAGGGGAGGCACCAGGCAGUGUAAGAGAAAGAGGAAGGUGUCAUCUGCAUCCGCAAGGCCCAAGAAGAAGGGAGCUGGGAGUUCCCGACGACGAUACCGGUAAGUCUUGACCGUUAAAAAAAGAAAAACACAAGAGAAAAUACAAGGGAAGAAAAAGAAGCAAGAAAACACACAAGCAUUGGACGAUGAAACAAAACUACAACAACUGCAUUGGCAAGGGAAGAAAAGGAGGGUGAUGCCGAUGCGUACAGAGUGAGUAGUUUUAUAUGAAUAUAUACAUUACGAUUUUUACAAGUUUGUUUUCGUGCA